ACCAACGAUUAUGAUUUGAUUGGCCGACAUUGGGAAGACGAAGCCAAACCAUUCUUGUUGGAGGCCAAGAAUAGUGGUGGCAAGGUUGUGGUUCAUUGUGGGGCGGGAACCAAUCGAAGUGGUCUGAUUGUGGCGGCGGCAAUGCUUCUUUUGGACGACAACGACGACGACAACAACAAAGAGCAGCAGCAAGAACAACAACAACAACAACAACAACCAGAACGAUUCUUGUUGGAUAUAGUCAAGGAUUUGAAACAAAAACGUGGCAUGGUCUUGACCAAUGUUUCCUUUCAACAACAACUUUGCGAAUUGGCGGCAAAGUACAACAAAUUGGGACCUAUGCCCAAGGGAUAUUCCAAUGAGGAGGCACCAAGAAGGAGCAAAUUGAAACAACAACACCGGCAGACGGGUAACUUUGAGAGCAUGUUUCAAUAA